AUGUCUUCGUAUGGCACCCAUGCCGAAGGCAUCACAAAUGGAAUAGAGGGUGUUGCGUCCACACAACCACCAAUUUCCAUCUUUCAAAAGAUUGCCCGUAACAAGAACGUGAAUAUAGUGGGAGCAAUUAUUUUGUCAAUAAUUCUAGUAUUGAGUUUUGCUUGUUGUGUUGUUGUUGGUGUUCUUCACUCACAUCUAUUAUUCCAAUGUGGGUUUGCAGAGUUUAUAUUUAUGUUGUUAUUGGAAGGAGCUACCUUCUUCUUUUGCGUUUAUCACCUCUAUAAUAUUUACAAGUUCUUUAAAACUAGGGCCCGACAAUCAGGCAAGAAGGGUUUUGCUGCCCUGGCUGCUGCUCUAUGUUCAUCCGAGUUGAAUCAAUAUAAUGCCUACUCUGGUGGCAUCGACUCUAGACAAGGAGCAAAUGAAGAGGAAGAAUUUGAGGAUGAUGAUGACGAAGAUGAUGAUGAAGAAGAAGAGGAAGAAGAAAGCAAAUUCUCCAAAUUUGUGGUAGCCUUUUUGAAAAUAUCUGCCAAUAUCAUUGCCGUGUUGUGCUUUAUUGUAUUGAUUGUUUUUACUGUCGUGAUUGUUCCUUUGCAACAAAACACCUAUCCUCUCUACAAUGGUUCUCUCCGAUUACCUAAUUUCAAACCUCGUGGCUCUACAGCACCGACUAUUUUGCGAGAACAGACCGGAGUGGUGCAUAUCAAGGCUUCGCAUGACUAUGAUCUCUAUUUUGCACAGGGUGUUGCAGUGGCUCAGGAUCGUAUGUGGCAAUUGGAAUUCAAUCGUCGAUUGGCGAGAGGUAUUUUGGCAGAAGUUGCCGGAGUGGAUGCUGUUCCUGUCGACAAGUGGUUCCGUACCAUGGCGUUCUAUGAGAAUGCAAAGAAUGUUUUACCCAAUAUUGAUGCCGAGUCUCUCUCAUUCAUUCAAGCCUAUUGUGAUGGUAUCAAUGCUUAUUUCAAUUCAAAUCCUCCUCUUCAACCUGAAUUUGUCUUGUUGGGAACCAAACCAGUGGCAUGGGAACCUUUGGAUGUUCUUGCCUACAUGAAGUUUGUUGCCUAUGGACUCUCUGAUAAUAUGGACAAGGAAGUAUGGAGAUUCAAAAUGAUGCAACGUGGUAUUACUAAGGAGAGAAUUAAUGAGCUCGUUCCAUAUUACCCAUCCGAUAUGCCAACAAUUUUGAAUGAUGAGGAAAUGAAUUUGGAGAAUAUGACUAUGGCUGAAAGAGAGCAAAUUGAAAAGGAUCAACAAGAUGAUUCUGCUGCUUUUAUUCCACCAAAAAUUCACAACUUGACCAUGUCUGUCAUGGAAGAAAUGUUCCAAAAAUUGGAGAAAUCAGGUGAAUGGGGCCGACAAGCUGUUCAAUCCUCUCUCAGAUCCAUGAUUUCACCAGAUCUCAUGUAUCACAAGGCAUCCAACAAUUGGGUUUUAGGUAGCUCUAUUACCUAUAACAAUGGUUCCAUUUUGGCCAACGAUCCUCACUUGUCUCUCUCUGCACCAAGUGUUUGGUAUUUGAUUCAUUUGGAAGGUCCAACUCAUACGGCGAUUGGAUCUACCUUCAUUGGUACUCCUGGUGUCGUUGUUGGAAAGAAUGACUUUAUUUCAUGGGGUGUGACUACUGCUCUUGCCGACACACAAGAUGUUUAUGUCAUGAAAGAUUCUACUGAUGGAAAGGGCUACAUUUACAAUGGUGAAGUCAAACAAUAUACUGUCAGAAAUGAAACGAUCAAGGUCAAGAAUGCUCCUGAUCAAUAUGUUGCUGUGAAAGAGACUGUCUAUGGACCAGUCAUUAACGAGCAUUUUGAAGUCGAUGGUAAUUAUACCUUGUCUUUGAAAUCAUUGAACACCUAUGCCAAUGACACCACUGCAGUUACUUUCCUCAAGUUGAAUAGACAAGCCAAGGACUGGAGCUCAUUCCUCGAUGCCGUCUCAUACUUUAUUGUUUCUGCACAAAACUUUGUCUAUGCUGACAAGCAAGGUAAUAUUGGAUACUACUUGUCUGGCUUGGUUCCAAUCAGAAAACAAGGUCACAAUGGUCGAUAUCCAGUUUUGGGAGAUGGUACCUACGAUUGGUUGGGCUUUAUUCCUGAUAACAAGAAGCCUAUUGUUUUCAAUCCAAAGAAGGGUUAUGUUGCCUCAGCCAACAAUCGAGUGGCACCCAUUGGUUAUGCUUACAGCAUUACUCAAGAUUGGCUUGGAUUGUAUCGAUCGGGUCGAAUUGUAUCCAUGAUUGAAACUGCCAAGUCUAAGGCACAAAAGAUUGACUUUGAUUUUGUCAAGCAAAUGCAACACGAUGUACACUCACCGCUCUUUGAUCAAUUCAAAUUUGUUUUUGACGACAUUCCAAAGUAUAAAAACUUGUCAGAUGACCAUGAAAAGUGGAGACAACGAAUUGUGAAAUGGAAUGGUGACGAGGUGUUGUAUUCUCAAGAGGCUUCCAUUUUUGAAAUGUGGGUCAAGAUUAUGGGUAAUCUUACAAAGGUUGAGACUGUGAAUAGAUGGUCCUUUGGUCCAUAUCUUUACAAUGCUUUAACCAAGGGAGACAGUGCUUGUAUGGCCUAUCACAACACAACGUGUAUGUUGUUUGCUAUUGCAAGCUAUGAGCAGGCCAUUAAUGAAUUGGAGGGAACUUAUGGAUCUGUUCCAACCUGGGGAAGUGAUAUCCACGAAGCUCAAUUCCCUAACCUUGUUCUGGAUAACACUAUCUUGAAAUGUCUUGCCGGAGGUAGCAAAAUGAUUGUUGGAGGAUCAUCAACAGUGAACGUUGGAGAAACCAAGUAUCCAGCUCUCAAUACCGUCUUUGGAGUUUCAUAUCGACAAGUUAUUGAUUGGCGAGGUAAUCAAGCAAGCUUUAUCAUUCCAAUGGGCCAAUCAGGCAACUUUUUAUCACCACUCUACACCAACUUGUUGGAUAUGUGGGCGGAUCCAAAUGGUAAAUAUUUGGACAUGAAAUCUGUUGACUACCCUGUCGCACACACCCUCACUCUUGAUUCUCAAUAA